GAAUCCAAAAAUCCAAAUAAAAACAUUCCAAGCCUCCCCUGACACCCGGUCCGAUCCUCGGUUUACCCGUUUGUCCACCCCUCAGGCCCUAACCUGAACUGAGUCGCAUCAAUCAAUAACUGGACGGAACUUUCCCUCACUGUCUUCCUCGCUCAGUCGAUGUGAGCAGCGCUGGCUUGUUUGUUGCUUCUUCAACCUCUUGCCGAAGAGCUCCACGUCGCAGGUCAUUACUUGCUACGAUACUCUUUCUAUCUAUUUAGACUAUUUAUAUCACUAUAUCGAAUACGCUAAGAAAAUGUCAUGCUUUCGUAUCUGCAAUUUCCGCACCCAGCAUAUGCUGUUAAUAAGUGAUAUGCCAAUUUUGUGCAUCGUCUAUGCACCCUUCUAUAUGUGACUCGUAUGCCGGUAUGCCUAGCUACUCUGAAAGAGCCGCAGGAAAUGCAACCUUCGACUCAACAGACCCCUAUAAUUUCAUCUACUGCCGGACUGUCUUCAGAUAACUUGGCUAUGCCUGCUGCCCCUCAUUCCAGUGCAAACACUAAUUCAAAUAAUGGAACAAGUACGUCAAUAGAUUCAUCUGGAGACAAUGCUCGGCAAAAAGCUACUGGUCCACUAGGAUAUGGCGUCACUCGACCUCCGAUAUCAUACGCCAUGAUUUCAGGCCCACAGAUUUCUGCGGCACCACUCCAACCACCUGUCCCCGGAUGUUCUUUGUUUUCAUAUAACAUAUCUCAUCCAACAACGGGAUUUUCUGGUGGUUCACAAUUUUCAACCAGCAUGGAUUCUCUGUCUGGAAUUAAACAGGAAACAGGGAUAUCUUUUGCUGCUCAGUCUGUUCCCAAGCAAGCUAGUCCUAGUUUUCCUACAUCUAAUGCUGCCACGCAAAUGAUGAAGAUGCAUCCUGCACCAUCUUUUCAUAUGCCUCCCGGAGUCCCUAAAUCUCCUGCAACACCUGGUCCUCCUGGAAUAGGAUUAGCUAUACCUUUUCCGUCGGGAGAUUCUUCUCCAUCUCUGAGGCCCUUUGUGCCGCAUCCUCCUUUUCUCUGUAAUCCACCCAUUCAUCAGCAAGCAUAUACUCCAUAUAACUCUGUUUCUGCUAUGCAAAUCCCUCAUCAGGGACCAUGGUUGAAUGCACCUGUUGGUGGAUUGUUAAGAUCACCAUUGUCACAAUAUCCCGUUACCAUAACUGGCCCCUUUCCUACGAUAGCUGGGACUACCUUGCAUUCUCCUGCUACAUUUCCCGAAACUCAACCCCCUGGUGUUUCAACAAUGGCAGCUCCACAUGGACCUUCUCCAUCUACAACUUCAGCUGCCCAGUCAAUACCGGGUUCAGGGAUGCAGGCGGAAUUACCUCCUGGAGUUGAUAAUUCUUUGCUAAUAGCAGAUGGCAAUAAACCUGAAUAUGGUGUUGGGACAAGAGAUGUAGCUGCAAACACUAAGGCAGUUGAUGCUUGGACAGCUCAUCGGACAGAUACAGGAGCUGUAUACUAUUACCAUGCAUUAUCAGGAGUGUCUACUUAUGAGAAACCUGCCGGGUUUAAAGUAGAGUCUGACCAAGUAAAAGCGCAACCAACUCCAGUUUCAUGGGAAAAGUUGUCUGGUACAGAGUGGGCCUUGGUCACUACUAAUGACGCCAAAACAUAUUACUACAACACUAAAACUAAGUCAAGUAGUUGGCAAAUUCCCAGCGAGUUGGCAGAGCCAAAACAGAUGCAAGAUUCUGAUGCCUUGAAAGCGCAAGCAGUGUCCAUGGCAAACACUAACUUGCAACCAGAAAAAGAAUAUACUCCAUUGCUUACCCCUGCAAUUAAUACUGGCAGUCGUGAUGCAACAGCUUUGAGGCCAUCAGGUGUGCAAGUAACAUCUUCAGCAUUGGAUCUCAUAAAAAAGAAGUUGCAGGAUUCUGGAUCACCUGCCACCCUUCCAACAGCUCCUGCUUUGACAGGAGCAUCAAAUCUAGAUGGAACUAAAGCAGUUGAUUCUUCUGCCAGAGGCCUGCAAAAAGAAAAUAGCAAAGACAAGUCAAAAGAUACUAAUGAUGAUGGCAAUAUUUCAGAAACCACUUCUGAAUCUGAAGCUGAAGAUAGUCGGCCCACCAAGGAGGAGUGCACCACUCAAUUCAAGAAAAUUGUUCAGAACUUUCAACACAUCAUCCAUCAUACACGCUUCUACUUAAGUCUUCAACAAACUGCUUGACCCUAAACAAUUUUAUGUCAUUUGAAUGCUAGAAACCAAAAGGAGAUGCUCAAGGAACGUGGAGUAGCGCCUUUUUCAAAGUGGGAGAAAGAGCUCCCAAAGAUAGUUUUUGAUCCACGGUUUAAGGCUAUUCCAAGUUACAGUGAAAGAAAAGCUAUUUUUGAGCACUAUGUGAAGACACGUGCUGAUGAAGAGCGGAAAGAGAAGAGAGCUGCUCAGAAGGCUGCUGUUGAGGGUUUCAAGCAAUUAUUGGAAGAAGCAAAGGAGGAUAUCCAUCAUAACACUGAUUACCACACGUUUAAAAAGAAUUGGGGCAAUGAUCCACGGUUUGAGGCACUGGACAGGAAAGAAAGAGAUGCUCUCUUCAAUGAGAGGGUACUUUUUUUAAAAAGGAUUGCUCAAGAAAAAGCUCAAGCAGCUCGUGCAACCAUUGUAUCUGACUUUAGGUCCAUGCUUCAGGAGAAGGGAGACAUAAGUUUGAAUACUCGUUGGUCAAAGGUCAGAGACGGUAUAAGAAAUGACCCGCGAUACAAGGCUGUCAAGCACGAGGACAGGGAGCCUUUAUUUAAUGAGUAUCUUUCUGAGCUAAAGACGGCUGAAGAAGAGAGAUCACGAGUGGCAAAGUCAAAGAAUGAUGAGGAGGAAAAGUUAAAGGAAAGAGAGCGAGCAUUGCGGAAACGAAAAGAAAGAGAGGAACAAGAAGUCGAGAGGGUACGGCUGAAAACUUGUAGAAAGGAAGCGGUUGAGUCUUAUCAGGCUUUGCUGGUUGAAACUAUUAAAGAUCCUCAGGCAUCUUGGUCUGAGUCAAAACCAAAAUUAGAGAAGGAUCCUCAAGGGCGUGCGGCCAAUCCUCAUUUGGACCAAUCCGACUUGGAAAAACUUUUCCGGGAACAUGCUCAGACCUUGUAUGAGCGCUGUGCCCAUGACUUCCGGGUCCUCUUGGUUUCUGUUAUAACUGCUGAAGCUGCUUCUCAACACGGAUCAGAAGACGGGAAAACAGUGCUUACCUCCUGGUCCUCAGCAAAGGUACUUCUCAAAGCUGAUCCUAGGUAUGCUAAGGUGCCCAGAAAAGACAGGGAAUCCCUGUGGCGAAGACAUGUUGAUGAUAUCCAGAGGAGGCUAAAGUUAGGAAAUGAACAAGAUGCUGACAAGUCAUCGAGGAAUAGAAGUCCGGGCAAUUCUCUAAAAUUUUCAGGUGGAUCUAGGAGAACUGAGAGAAGAUAAGAUAGUUUUUUGGCUGUCAAGAUGAAUUUGAGUUUGUAAACUAAGAGGUUGAAGAGUAGUGUACUAUUCUUGAGUUUCUAGUUUAAUUUAUUAAUUGUGGGUGACUGGUUGAGUAAGCAUCCAUGCGUAAUAUUUUCUCGGAUGAAUGCAAGCCCUUUUAUUUAUAUUUCCGGGAUGAAUCAUAA